CCCCGUGCUCCUCCCAUACGCAUUUCGCCACGAUCCCGACAGGCCCAGCGGCUAGGAGAGUCACGUGAGGCCGGGCGGUGGAGGUGGCGGCUUGUCUCAGCUGUUUCUUGGUCUCUAUGGUUUUCAGAGGUGGGCGGUUUUGACGCAGAAGUCCUGGAGCUCCGACGUGGACGGGAUGUUUCGUCUUAACUCACUUUCUGCAUUAGCAAAACUGACUCUGGGCUCUCGAUGGUACCAUGGAGGGUCUCAGCCCACCCAGAUCAGGCGACGACUAAUGAUGGUGGCUUUCCUGGGAGCGUCUGCAGUAACUGCAAGUACUGGGCUUUUGUGGAAGAGAGCCCUUGCAGAAUCUCCACCAUCUGUAAACAACCUAAAGAGUGAACUUGGUGAUAAAGGGAAGAAUAAAGAUGAAGGGGAAGUUGGUAACCUUGAAAAAAAGGCUGCAAGUGAUUGUCUUGAACCUUGUCCAGAAGAGAAAAAGAAGAAACGUUCUGGAUUCAGAGACAGAAAAGUAAUGGAAUAUGAGAAUAGGAUUCGAGCAUAUUCCACACCAGACAAAAUCUUCCGAUAUUUUGCCACCUUGAAAGUGAUCAGUGAGCAUGGUGAAUCUGAAGUGUUUAUGACGCCAGAAGAUUUUGUGCGAUCCAUAACACCCAAUGAAAAACAACCAGAACACUUGGGCCUGGAUCAAUAUAUAAUAAAACGCUUUGAUGGAAAGACAGAGAAAAUUGCCCAGGAACGAGAAAAAUUUGCUGAUGAAGGCAGUAUAUUUUACACCCUUGGAGAAUGUGGACUCAUAUCCUUUUCAGACUACAUUUUCCUUACAACUGUUCUUUCUACUCCUCAAAGAAAUUUUGAAAUUGCCUUCAAAAUGUUUGACUUGAAUGGAGAUGGAGAAGUAGACAUGGAGGAGUUUGAACAGGUUCAGAGCAUCAUUCGCUCCCAAACUAGCAUGGGUAUGCGUCACAGAGAUCGUCCUACAACUGGUAACACCCUCAAGUCUGGCCUGUGCUCAGCCCUCACAACCUACUUUUUUGGAGCUGAUCUCAAGGGGAAGCUGACAAUCAAAAACUUCCUCGAAUUUCAGCGUAAACUUCAGCAUGACGUUCUGAAACUAGAGUUUGAACGCCACGACCCUGUGGACGGGAGAAUCACUGAGAGGCAGUUUGGUGGCAUGCUGCUGGCCUACAGUGGGGUGCAGUCCAAGAAGCUGACUGCCAUGCAGAAGCAGCUCAAGAAGCACUUCAAAGAGGGAAAGGGCCUGACAUUUCAGGAAGUGGAGAACUUCUUUACUUUCCUAAAGAAUAUUAAUGAUGUGGACACUGCACUGAGCUUUUACCAUAUGGCCGGGGCAUCUCUUGAUAAAGUGACCAUGCAGCAGGUGGCCAGGACAGUGGCUAAAGUGGAACUCUCAGACCACGUGUGUGAUGUGGUGUUUGCACUCUUUGACUGCGAUGGCAAUGGGGAGCUGAGCAAUAAGGAAUUUGUUUCCAUCAUGAAGCAGCGGCUGAUGAGAGGCCUGGAGAAGCCCAAAGACAUGGGCUUCACCCGCCUCAUGCAGGCCAUGUGGAAAUGUGCGCAGGAUGCCGCCUGGGACUUUGCGUUGCCCAAACAGUAACGCAGAACAGCAAGAGGGGCCGCCUCCUACGCCCCAGCACCCCGGCCCCUUGAGCAGAGCCUUGGAACAGCCCUUCCUGCUGCUGCUUCUGGAAACCCUGCUCCCUUCCUUCUGGAAAUGCUCUCAGGACUCAACCAGUUUCCGCUCUCCACCCUCCCCCAGUCCCAGUGUUCUGCCAGGCUCUGAUUCUGCCCAGUGACUAUCCCCAUAGGUUCUCAAAAAAAUCAAUAAGCCCUAAAAACUCAGACUUUGAGCACCGUCAACAGCACUACCCAUUCAAGCACCGUAUGGAAGAAGAAUGCACGGGGACAUUCACAGAUGCCAACCCUGGGAAACACCCAGUUCUCGAGUCAAUUUUGCUAUGGAUUUACAUUAACAAGAACAUUCCUUGCUUUUGCUAGCUGGUGCUUUUAAGCUAUAAGUUGGGAAAACCUCUGGCAGACAAAAGGAAGUCUGUAAUGAAUGAUAAUGAGGGUGACUGGGCCACCCUGAGCUGGCAGGAAGCCUGGGCCAGAGGAACCGACCUGUGUUGGUCCCCCAGGUGGCUCUGAGGCCUGCUUCAGGACGGUGAUGCGCACAGUGGGAAUGGAGCAAGAUUUGGAAUUUAAAGCAGCUGCCCACCGGCUCUCAACUCCCUAAGAAGACUCCACUGCAAUUCAGGGCCUAAUGAGCAGCAGUGAUUGAGUGCACAUUCUCUGCCAGUGCCAUUUCCCCUCCAGGAGUGUGCUUUUGAAGCUGAGGCCUGGCUCAGAGCUUGCCUGCCCUCUGUCAGAAACACUUGUAAAAUAUCACUUUAAUUAUAAUAGUUUGCAAUAAACCCCCCAAAGGCUCUUGUCUCCUUUA